CAUUUUUAUCUGAAUUACCCCAUGUUGAAUAAUUCAGAUCAACAAGCCAAGAUCUCGAAUGCAAGUUUCAAGAAUUCAAGUUCUUGAUUUCUGGGUGUUUUUUCCAAGAUUUCAUGAUAUUUUCUAACCCAAGCUCUUGGAUAGAAGUUUUACUAGGAUAUCUUCUGUCUUACUGCUACACUCUUUUCGUAUAUACACAUUUAUGUAUGUACUGGUCGCUACACUCGAUGUUGCAAAAUCGAUUUAGUCUUUUGAAAUUAUUUUUGGAAAACUAAAGUUUUUUUAUCAAUAUAAAGUGCUUUUUGGAGGAAGCACUUUGUUUUAAACUAAAUAUUGCUUAAUACAUCCUUAUUGGUUAUUCAAAACAAAGUGCUCUAGUUCAUUGACCGAUAGACUUAAUCCCAUCCAUUCGUUCUUUGUUUGAUAUAGAAUAAAGAGAAUAACGGUUAAGUUAUAUAACAUUAGAAAAAAAAUCAAGUUAUUCGGAUUGAGGAUGUUCGUAAUUAGAUAGUAGGUUUUUAGCGUUAAAAAGAUGAUUUCAGUCGAUGACCGCACAUUACCACGUUGAAAAACACCCUCCUCCAAACUCAAAUUAAGUAAUGUAGGAAUAUCUUAAGAGUUUUAAAGUCAGAGAUCAACACGAAAAAAGUCAUUAACACUCUAGUCUUCAACAAAAGUCAUCUUUUAAUGGUCAUUGAAUUAUUGACUGCUGUGAAUUGAUAAUUAAAUUAAAUUGCAGAUAAAAUUAGUUAUUGUGGUAGCUGUAGUUAUGAUUGAAAUAAAAACUGGCAUGCUUAAAUAUUACCACAGAGGUUUGUUAAACAAAAAAUGGAAAUUGUACCGAUUUGUUUUAUAUAGUACGAGUUAUUUGGAAUGGUAUUCCGAUGUAAAACAUAAAAAACCAGAUGGCUCUGUUUUGUUACAAAAUGUUGCGCAUUACAUUUGUGUUGGUCCUUAUACGAAGUGUUUACCAGAAUUUCCUCAUCUCGACGAUAUAUGUGAUCAAGUUUGUUUAAUUGCAUUUCCGAAGACAAUUGAAAAUCGUGACAAAGAUAUUGUUUGGUUGUUAUGCCAAGAUAUGAAUGAAUUAAAUGACUGGAUGAAACACAUUGUUCAAACGCUACCUGCUCGUCAGUUACAACUACCAGCUGAUAAAAUUAUAAAAGCUUCUACGCUAUCUGCACCGACAACGACGAUUCUCACACAAACUUCAUCGAUAGAUGAUAAUCAAGUGGUUCAACAAACAUCUUUUCAUAGCAAUUCAGUAUUAAACAGUGGCGCUACAUUACCCUUAGCAGCCACUCUGUUUUCGAAUUUGUCACAAGGGCACACAGUGCGCAACCAAGAACAAAUUCAAUCAUCGGUCUCUGUUCCUGAAACUCCAAAAAGUCCUCCAGAUGAAAUGGGCUAUGAUUGGACAUCUCCCUAUGGUCAAGGUGACGCUUGGGGUCAUUAUUCAUUAGGAUAUGCGGGUAUCGGUGGUUCCGGCUGCCAUUCAAAUAAUUUACAUAUGCUACGACGUGACGAAGAUGAUGAGCUAAUUAAUCAUGUUGAAAAAGAACACAAAGAGGAGAGUGAAGAUGAUAAAAAAGAGAAACACCAUUAUCACGGUCAAAAUAUUGAUUAUGGAGAUAUAAAACGUGAGCUUGAAGAACAUGAAAUAGAAAUGGAAACAAAGUGCGACGAAGUGCCUUGGUGA